CCCGCCAUGGACUUCGACCUGGAGGAGCGGCUGCGGCAGAGCAACAACCGCUUCAUUGCUUCUUUGAACAGCAUCGUGGAGCGGUAUAAUCAUCCUUUUGAAGAUGAUGUACUUAUUUCCAUGGCGACUCUCACUUACGAUACACCUGAAGGGAAAAAAAAAUGGGGGAAAGUAUCAACCAAGAAGCGUAAAAAAUCAAAGAAGAAAGGAAUUAAGCGUAAUAGAGGAAUUCAAAGGAAUGAAGAAAUGUCAAAGCAACAGACCAGUGAUUUUGAAAAUGGACAGUCAACAGCACGUCAGGAGUCUCCUGAGAGCUCUCAUGUGGAUACAUCUGGCAUAGAUGAAGGAAGCGAUGAUGAUAUAGUUUCUUUAAGAAGAAAAUUUGAAGACGUUCACUUCCAGCUUGAAACAAAUCUAAGUAAUAUGUUUGGGUUGGUCAGUGUCAAUGAACUGUGUUUUAACUACUUUUUUUUCCUCCCCUCUAAGAAUCUAUAUGUAGAUAAUGAGAAAAUUCAAAAUAAAAGAAAACUUAAAGUGGAUGUGAUAGUACAAGAUGAUACUAGAAAAAUUCCCGAGUGGAUUACGGUAACAUAUUUCUCCUUUUCUGUUCUAACUUCACCAGCGCAAGAACUAAUUGGCAACCAAGCCAAUGUUUGCAGAAAGAAAGAGUUGUCAAGUGAAUGUUCAUCUAGACAUCUACAGUUACAACUUUCUGAUAUUCCUAUUUCACCAGAUACUAUAAUCGUACCCCAGCAUCGACCUUCUCCAGAACAGAAUAAAAAUUGCUAUGAUAGUACCUUGGAAGAAUACCAGCCUGCACAUGAGGAAUGCUCUUGGAGCAAUAUAACUCUUGCAGACUUGUAUCCACAAAUGGUAGGGAUAUUUACAAAGCGUAUGACCAAACACUCUCAGAGAAGACACUCAAAAUGCAUGCUUGGACACUUAAGGCACAAAAAGUGGUAUUCUAGAAGACCAGAGCUCUGUGUCACUGUACACAAAAUCAGAGGGUUCAGACCUAUUAAACUGAAGCAAUCACUAUCUAGCAUAUGCAGCAGAAGUGAAAACAUCCAGAAUCAAACUUCUGAAAAUGAGAACAGAGAACUUUCUGAUGACGAGUGUUCCAUUAAUAAUUUCUCUGGUCUGGUACCUUAUUCUUACGUUGAUACAAGUGAAGACGAUAUGGACAACGAUGACUCGAGUUUAGAAUGUUAUUUGGUAUCUGGAAAAGGCCAGAAAGUCUCCAAACAGACUGGUUUUUCUGAUGUCAUGGCUGGAAUGGGAAAGAAACUUCUAGAUGAAGAUGAACUACAGAGUACUGUCUCACUGAAGAAUUCAAAGUGCAAAGAAAGUGAAAAAUUGUCUUACAAAUUUUUCCCAGAAUCCUGUUCUAUAAUAUCUACUGGCAGUUCAGGGUCAACAGCUCUUCAUCUGGUAAAAGAGAGUAAAACUCAAAAAUUUUACUUUCCUCAUGGUGAUACCUCAGAGUUGUAUUCAUCUACUUGCAGUUCCUAUGGCAAUAGUAACACUCUCACACCUGUCGCAAGCUCUUCUCUUGCAAGAGCAUCAAACACUUUGCCCAUAAAUCCCCAAAAAAACAUUUCUGAAAGAGGAAUUUCUUUUCAGCACAAACACUCAUUUUCCUCAUUGUCUAUGAAGCAGAGUCCUUCAAAGAUGCCCCCAAAAGACAAAGAUGCAUUUGAAAAACUCUACUACAAACUGUGUUCUGAAGAAAUCCAAAAGCCUUUGAUAUUGACAAGACUUCUUUCAAAUUCACAGAACCUUGAAGAGAAAGGAAGACUGGUGAAGAGUAAUUUAAUUGAUUAUGUGAGGUCCAGUACACAGUGUGAUAGAGAAUUUGACAGGAUCUAUGAGCAAUUGUGUAGUGAGGCUGUUCCAGAACUUCCUGGGUUUAGAUCUUUAAAGAAACACAAAGGAAUACAGAUGUCUGAAACUGUAAAUGCUCUUGUUAGCUCACCUGUUCAAAGUUUAUCUGCAUUUCCCAGAGUUAAAAGACAAAGAAAUAAUCAAAAUGAUCUUCUUUGUUCACCAGUAAAGAGACUGAGAAAUAUACCAGAGCGUUAUUUUCCUUCAACAAAAUGUCAGCAGAUUUCUCAAAGAAAAAACUUUAAUCUUCAGAUGGUUGACAUGGAUUUUUUGAGCAUAUACAAUGACAGUAGCCCUGGCUUUUUUGACAGUCACAACAUUCAAAGUCAGGAUGCUGGAUUUCAUCCUCCUUCAGAUAAAACUUCUCUCGGAAUUCCUGGUACUUCCCUACGAGAAUCUGGGAUCACAGAUGCCCACUCUAGCUGGCCAAGGGCAAUGAAGAGUGACAGCUGUCCUGGAAGUGCACAAACGUGUCGCCAAAGGACAUGCAGAAAACUAUGCUAUACUGAUGGGAAGGACUAAAAUCAGAGCAAGGAUGACUUCCUGGCCAAAACUCACCUAUGAACAUUCAUGGACUGUUGCAGAGAAAAUGUUGUUUUAUAAAGUUUGAGUUUGUUUUGGUUUUUCUUUCCAAAAAUCAAGGACUGAUUAGUCCUGACUUAUACUUCCCUGUAAUGUAAAUCUUCAGGAACUGGUUCUUACUCCUCUGCUUUCAUGAGGUGUAUUGUAGUGAAUCAGACUUCUUUCUAUGGCUGAGCUUAAAUCAGCUAUUUAGUAGUGUUUAUAAUAACAGAAUGUGCUCUCUGCUAAUAAGCUUUGAUUGUUAGUAACAAGAUAAGUAACAAACUCUUUCAUGCUUCAUAGAUCUCAGUACUAGAUGAGUGCAGUACUAAAUUAGGCUGGAUGAUACAAAUGUGGUGUUGUAUGCUAUGACUUAUAAUACCCUUGCUAUGCAAUUGUAAUGUUAAAUUUUUGAAGUUGUUCACCAAAAGUGAUUGUUCAACAAAAUGUUAUAAGUUAUAAUAGGUUUGAUAGUUCUAUUGUGUUUUGACAAAAAUACUACCUCAA